UUAGUAUUUUUCUUGUAACUUCCCAGAAAAACAAAACAAACUCGCCCCGGCAUGAAACCGGCACCAAGGAAUCACCAAGUCGCCGCGCCGUUGCCGCCAUCAAAACGUUGAUGACUAAGAGCAGAUGGAACGCCGCUUCAUCGAUUGAAACCAAAGUUGCCGUUAUGUUUGCAACGCGGCAGAUGGGAUGCCGUGGACCGACGAAGCACCUCUCUGCGGACCUGCCACGAACGGAUGAAGGAGAGCCGCCCGUGAUCGUGGUGCCCCUGAGCAAGCUCUCGAGUGCGUCACUUGGAGAGUACGCUGGGCUCAUUUCAGACGGCAGGAACGGGCCCACGGUGGCCAAAGUUUCGUCCUCUGAGCGCAAGGAGAUCGCGACCGCCGCCUCUCUCGCUGCCAAGCGGCUCGCCUCUGCACCGGCUGCGAGGGCGGCUGUGGGGGGUCCAGUCUGGCGGUGUGACAUCUGUGGCGCCAGAUACACUGCGAUGGGCGCCGCCCAGGCGUGCGAGCGGUGGUGUGCCCGCGUCGGGCCGCUCCCUGCUGCCGGUUUCUCGCGGGACGAGCGUGCGCUCCAGAGGAAGAGUCGCAGCCGGCCCCUGCCGGCGGCGGCGGCGGCGGCGGCGGCUGAGGCCGCGCUUGCUGGAGACCCCCGCGUCCUGCUCGGGCCCGACCCACUUCCCGUCUUCUUCUUCCUGUGAAAUAAGAUAGAACAGUAAGGAACGCGUCUCGGAAGCGGGAAGGUCCUCGAGUCCGGCUCCGGGGCUCUCUCCUCGCUCGUCUCGCCUCUCGAGAGCGCGAGCGAGCACAUACCACAUUUCGUUGG